AUGGUUGCUUCUGAGCAACUUUUCAGCUGGAGUCGUUUAGACUCGGGGAAGAAGGCUGAUUUCACUCCACUGGAUUUGAAUCCCAAAUCCUUUUGCUUCCUCUGCCACGAACGCAGUCGCCGACGGCAGCUGUCCUUGGAAUUGCCGUCCACGAAAAAAACAGGGCCGUGGGGGGAUGGGGUGAUUCUGGAGUUCAUGUCACCUGUACACUGUUCCUGGUCGUCGAUCUGUCUAUCCAAUAUACACAUCCAAAAGUAUGUUUCUGGGCUGCGCCGCUGCGCCUCAAAACUGGUGGCUUCACAGGAACCUUUGCCAUCCUUUAUAAUCCUUUACCACUAA